AUGAAAGUCGUAAUAAUCGGUUGUGGUCCAGCUGGACUGGUGUCAGCUCUCAGUUUACUGGACCAAAACACCUCACCAAACGACUUUAUCUUGCUCGAAAACCGACCAGUUUUCGCUCAUAGACCUCAAGUAAUUGGUGUACUGGCUGCAGCUUCAGCAUCUCUUCGUCGUUGGAAUGUGCUGCAGAAGAUGGAAGCUGGGGUUUCUGCGCGUGGUGGACGUGUAUCGUGGUUAUGGCAAGAUCAUAAAAGUGAUGCCAAGGUGAAUGUCUCGUGGGCUGAGACUGAAGGGGAGUUUACUGGAGAUUUGCAUACGUUGACUAUUGACCAGGCUAGUGAUGACAACAUGUAUCUCCGCAACAUCAACUAUUCCACAAUCGGUGAUGUCGAACGUAUCAUGCUGGAUAUUGUGCUGGAACGUGGUGUGAAAAUCGUUCGAGGAGUUACCACGGAUCUAGUAUGGCAUAAAGAAACUGAGAAGUAUGAAGUUUGUUACACGACAGGGAGUGGUGAGCGAAUCAGUGCUGGAAUUCCGGAUUUGGUUAUAAACUGUGAAGGUGCAAGUCGAAAGCUUGUGAAUCAGGAGUUGAUACCUCGCCACGGUAUCAAAAUCACUCCUGAGAGUCCUUUAUCCGCGUACUAUGUAUAUGUCAACAUUGUAUUUCCAACCGACGAUGACCGAAUGAAGGCCGUACCCCCUGGCCUCUACUUCAAAAAACUCAAUUCUGAUUUGCUCAUGCUACCAGUCCCCAAGAAACCAGAAGCUGAGCAACCGAUAUGGGUAAAGCUACGUCCAGAUAUGAUUCAAGGCUCCAAUCUAUGGAAGGGAGCGCCUGCAGAUUCGACGCUAGACUGGAGUGAAGGGCCCAGGUCGAAAGUAAUAGAGGACUUUGCUACCACCCAAAUCCGUGAUUUCUUGGAAACGCUGUUUAGUAAGGACUUGCCUGUAAACUUUAGUCUUGGUGCUAUGACUCGGCCUAUCCAAGUGCGAGAUACGAUUUUGAGCAAGACAUAUGCUGGGACGAAUAUCGUUUGCUUUGGUGAUUCUGCUCGGACGGGUACCUUUGAGUCUGGAUCUGGCCUUAACAUACUACUCACUGUUGAUACCAAUGCUCUCAAAGUACUGCUCUCUCAUCUGCCAAAUAAUGUGUCCGCUCAAGCUUUUGAGCAGUAUCAUUUAGCGCUGAAGAAGAAUGCUGAAGGCUGGCAUCGUCGUAAUCGCAUGCAAUUUUAUACGCCUGGUGUCCCACCGUUUGUGCCAUAUGCAGAGCAGUAUGAUGGGCCACGGCAUUUUAAUAAUUAUGAUGCUUUCGUGGAGGGUGUUGUAAAGCCUGCGAUGAGGAAUAAGAAGAGGAGUAGUCAGCCCCGAUUGUAA